AUGGCGGCCAAGUAUGAUCCCGUAACCCUCUCGCUCUUCUCCAAUCGGUUCAUCUGCACUGCAGAGGCCAUGGGCAACUCCCUCAAGAACACCGCCAUCAGCACAAACAUCAAGGAGCGACUAGACUUCUCAUGUGCCGUCUUCUCCCCUAGUGGUGACCUCGUUGCCAAUGCCCCCUUCGUCCCGGUCCAUCUUGGAUCCAUGAGCUGGUCCGUCAAGUACCAGCUGAAAUUGCACGGCAAAUACCUCAAGGACGGAGACGUACUGUUGACAAAUUCACCCAUGGCUGGAGGAAGUCAUCUACCAGACUUGACUGUGAUAACACCAUGCUUUGACGAGAACGACCCCACAAAUAUCAUCUUCUUUACAGCUUCGCGUGGUCGUGAUGAUAUCGGUGGAAUCCUUCCCGGCAGUAUGCCGCCUACCUCAACGCACAUUUCCGAAGAGGGUGCCAACAUCCAAUCUCUCAAGAUUGUGUCAGAUGGCUAUUACGACCAUGACGGUUUGUAUAAAGCUAUGGUGGAGGACCCUUCAAAGUAUCCUGGGUGCUCAGGCUGCAGAAACUUUAACGACGUUUCGAGUGAUAUCCAAGCUCAGAUCGCCGCCAACAACAAAGGCAGUUCUUUGUUGCGCGCUCUGGUAGCCGAAUACGACUUGGAGACUGUUCAUACCUAUAUGGAACAUAUCAAAAAUAACGCCGAACAAGCGGUCCGGAACAUGCUUCGAGCAGCCGCAGAGAAGGCUGGGACCAACGUCCUUCACUCUGUCGACUAUCUCGAUGAUGGAUCACCCAUCGCUCUCAAGGUGACUAUCGACAAGACGACAGGAUCGGCCGUAUUCGACUUUGAAGGAACAGGCCCCGAACUGAGGGGCAACUUGAACGCGCCUAUCUGUGUGGUACACGCUGCUGUCAUCUACUGCAUGCGAUCCAUGAUUGGUGAAGACAUCCCCCUCAACGCGGGAUGUCUUGCUCCACUGGAAAUCUUGAUUCCCGAAGGUUCUCUUCUCUCUCCUUCACCGGAGAGCGCAGUCUGCGGCGGUAAUGUCAUGACGAGCCAACGUAUUACCGACGUCGUCCUUCUCGCUUUCAAGGCGUGUGCUGCAAGUCAGGGAUGUUGCAACAACCUGACUUUUGGUGCGGGUGGGAAGGAUCCAGAAACCGGGGAGGUCAUUGCGGGCUGGGGAUACUAUGAGACUAUUGCAGGUGGUAGUGGGGCGGGCGACGGGUUUCAUGGUACCUCGGGUACCCAUACUCAUAUGACCAACACUCGAAUUACAGACCCCGAAAUUCUGGAGAGGCGAUAUCCUGUGAUUCUCAACGAGUUUGGCUUCAGGUCCGGAUCAGGCGGUGCUGGAAAAUACAAUGGCGGUCAUGGUUGCAUACGCUCUCUACAAUUCCUCCAGCCGUUGCAAGUAUCCAUCUUGUCCGAACGCCGCGCACGGGGACCGUAUGGUCUCGAAGGUGGCGCCUCUGGCGCUCCCGGGCUGAACCUUUGGAUCAAACAGCCACAAGACAAGGCGGGCAAAGUCAGAACUAUCAAUGUUGGGGGGAAAGGGACGAUGAAGUUUGGCGCGGGAGACAAGCUCAUAGUGCAUACUCCCGGGGGAGGCGGCUAUGGACAACCUGGAGAGACAGACGUUGCAGAGUUGACAGAAGGUCGUUUGCGGGCAGAGGCGCGAGAGUGGGAGGCGAGAGGGACUUUGGCUGAUAGAGCGAACGUAGACUUUUGA